GUCAAACAACCAUCGUACCUUUUGCAAAUCCUCUUCUCUCUAUAAUAGGAUAGCUUUAUCCAUAUGAUUUCAUCUUGAUUACUACUAUCAAGCCACGGGUCACACAGCCCCUCCAUUCUAUUAAAUAUUCAGGCGUACCUUUACAUAGCCCCGGAGGCCGAGCCAAUCACAGCUGAAUGUCUGUAUAAGACAUCUACACAGCACGACAAUUUACUUUUUACCUGCAUCCGAGUAUUUAAUAGGCAUCAACAUAUGCAAGAGCGACAACGAAUAUAGUGCUCCCGCUGCGUCUCCACCAAUCCCGAAUACUAUACUACCUAGGUACCUUAGGUAGGCUAAGGUAGAGCUACCUGGAUAGAGUUUGCGCCAGCACAGAAUUAGGCAACCUUUUAACUUUGAAUCCAACGCUCUUCUCUCCCCGUUACGUUGAAUUACUAAGGUCUUAGAGUUGAUUCUUCCUUUUAUUGGGAAGGAAUAUCAUAGCAGUCAUGGUUCCUACUACUAAUACCAACCCUAAUUCCAAUUCUGGUAUAUCUUUACAAUCACCCAACGCUAUCCCGCCUAGGACUUCCUCCACAGGUUACACUACACCGCUCCCUCCCGCCAAAUCAGUCCUACGGCCCGUCCCGGAAUCAGAUUGGCUCGGUCAGAAUAACAGCAAGCAUCGAAGGGACUCAUCUACAACUGCUAUCCCCCUUACAGGAAUGCACGCUACAGGCACUCAGGACCCCGCGCGAUAUGAGACCGAGGAUCUUAAUUAUACGUCUAGAAAGACAUGGACCGAGGCUAAGGAAAGGGUCUUGAUGGGUCCCUUCGAGUACUUAUUCGCUCAUCCUGGAAAAGAUUUCCGUACGCUUAUGGUCAAUUCUUUCAAUGCUUGGUUGGAAGUGCCACAAGAAAGUUUGGACAUUAUCACCAAAGUUGUUGGUAUGCUACAUACUGCAUCAUUAUUGGUCGAUGAUGUUGAGGAUAACUCGCUACUCCGGAGAGGCUUGCCGGUUGCCCAUAGCAUCUUCGGUACGGCGCAAACCAUAAAUUCGGCUAAUUACGUUUACUUCUGCGCCUUACAGGAACUGCAAAAACUCAAGAAUCCAAAGACAAUCAAUAUUUACACCGAAGAACUGAACAACCUUCAUCGUGGCCAAGGUAUGGAUCUUUUCUGGCGAGACACUUUGACGUGUCCCACUGAAGAGGAGUAUCUUGAAAUGGUCGGAAACAAGACCGGGGGUCUCUUCCGUUUAGCUAUCAAGCUCAUGCAGGCCGAGUCAGGCUCUCUCAUGGACUGCGUGCCCCUCGUCAACCUACUGGGAAUCAUCUUCCAAAUCCAGGAUGACUACAAAAACCUAUCAAACCCGGAGUACGGCCAGAAUAAAGGCUUCUGUGAAGAUUUGACGGAGGGCAAGUUUUCAUUCCUCAUCAUCCAUAGUAUACGUUCAAACCCAUCGAAUCUCCAACUUCUCAAUAUCUUAAAGCAGAAGACGAAGGACGAGGAGGUCAAGCGGUACGCUGUAAAGUACAUGCAAAGCACCGGCACCUUUGAGUAUACCCAGAAGGUAAUCGCUAUUUUGGUUGACAGGGCGCGGAAGUUGGUGGAUGAGCUGGACAAUGGAAGGGGGAAAAGCGCUGGUAUUCAUAAGAUCCUAGAAAAGGUAUCUGUAUAGGAUGCGAACGAAGUAAUGACAUAAAGAAUAAAACUUAGGGGGCUGGCUUCUUUCGGGUCUUUGGCGACGAGGAUGGUGGUUUAGGAGGGUACUAUUCAUCUUGAUGGGUUGGGUGGGAUAGGGGUUAUGUGAGAGCGGGCAGGUGCGAAACUUAGGAUACCCUCAGUCCCUUUUGUUUGAGACUUGAGAAUUUUACAAGGUUUACUAGUGCGUGUUUGGAGCCUGCAAUUUGGCUAAUAGUAGUGGUGCAAUAAUGUUAUAGGGGUCGCUUCUCAUGAAUACCUAGAGGCACAUCAAAUAAAAUAAGGGAUAGCGUAAUAAGAACGGACUCCUUUUUAUGCUAUGUAAUACUAGGGAUGAAUAGGGGUUAAUCUUAGCUGCUAUGAAAACGGAUUUUCUCGUGAUACCUAACCUACCUACCUAGGGGUAUACGGUAGAAGUGCCUGAUAGACUGAUUUAAGGAGCGAAAGGCCCUUCUCAUGUACAUUAAAUAAAAGCCAACAAAGUACCUUCAGUUG